GUGUUGCUAAGCGCAGAUGCGUCUGUACCGCUGAACAAACACGCGAUACUGACCAAGGGGACAGUUUUAAAGAUAAAGUUUUCAGAAACGCAUCUGAGAUAAAGGAAUACAUGACUUUAUAUAGAGAAAGAGCCCCCUCGAAUGUUAAAGAGGGACUUGGUGACGACGACAAUCACAGACCAAAGAGCAAGCACACAGGCGCCAUGACGGGCAGAGAGACUUGGUGGAGAUGUACCUUGAAGGAUUCUCCCAACCCGGGGAGCUACCACAUCCGGGACUUCAUGGAGGAGGCCGAGCUGAACCCUGUCCGGUUGACGUAUGGGUUUGGCGGCCAGGGCAGGAAGGUGCCCGUGCACUGGGGGCACCAGGGGAAGCUGCUGCUGCCGGGGGCUUACGAGCACAUGGGCUCCAUCCAGGAGACUCUCAAGCGGCCGGCCUCCUACGUCUUCAGGAGCUGUCCUCGUCCGCAGAGCCACACGCUGGGUGUCAGGGACAAGGACAUCAACCUCUCGCCGUGUCACUACGACGUGACAGAGAAACCUGUCCCCAAACUACCCAGCAAGCAUCCGAUGUUUCGCUCAACUGUGAAGCGCGCCCCCCCGCCCCCGAGAGAAGGACCGGGCCCUGGACACUACGACUUGAGGGUUCAAGCCAGCCGUGGCAUCACUUCCUGUUUCCUGUCUACGGUGCCCCGCCUUCAUAACAUACCCUCGAAAACUCCCGGGCCAGGAGCUUAUGAGCCGCCGUUGUCGAUGGGCAGGCGGCGCAUGGCAGGGCCUACCAGGGGACAAAUCUGCAGCCUCCUCUUCCGUGAUGUCUGACCUGCACAGGAUCUCAGCAGGAUGUCUGCCUUGCUAGCUGCCUCUCUCUUCAGCACCUUAGGGUUCACUUCUUACCCAGGAAGUAAAUGACUGAAAAAACAA